GGACGAUCGCGGGGAGUUGGCUCAAGUACUGGAUUGAGGUCGGGGCGGUGCUGUCGGCCAUCGGGCUCUACGAGGCGCAGCUGAGCAGCAGCGCCUUCCAGCUGAUGGGCAUGGCAGACCUGGGCCUCCUCCCGCGCCUCUUCGCCCGCCGCGCCCCCUUCUUCGACACCCCCUGGGCCGGCAUCCUCCUCUCCAGCCUCAUCACCCUCGGCAUGUCCUUCCUGAGCUUCAACAACAUCGUCGCCUCCGCCAACUUCCUCUACAGCCUCGGCAUGCUCCUCGAGUUCGCCUCCUUCCUCCGCCUCCGCCGCUCCCGCCCCGACCUCAAGCGCCCCUUCGCCGUCCCGGUGCCCUUCCCGGCCUUAGUGCUCAUGUGCCUCGUCCCCUCCGCGUUCCUCGUCUUCGUCAUGGUCAUCGCCAGUUGGAAGGUGUUCGUCAUAACCGCCGGGUUCACGGCGCUCGGCGUCGGCGUGUAUUAUCUCAUGGCGUUUUGCAAGGCGAGGGGUUGCCUCAAGUUCAGCGACGGACGCGGGGAGGAGGAGAAGGUGUUGGAUGAGGAGAGAAGAACUAGAGGAGGUGGUGGCGAUGUUUAUUAAUGGAGGAGAAUAGAUCUGCAGGAGAUAAUGUAUUUUCUUUCUAUAUUCCCUGGACAUAUAUAGUUCACCAACGGACCUCUGGAAGCUCCAUCUAAAAAUUUAAUUUAAAAUUAUUCUUGGUUAUAACUAGAAGAGCAAUGUUGGAGGGAGAUGAUGAUUGAACGGUCCAUGAAUAAAGCGGUGGACUAUGUCCACGGAUGCAAUAGAGGCUUCGGUUUCUUUGUAACUGAUGCUGCUCCUUUUGGUUCUA